UUUGUCGUUUAUUCAUAUUUGAAAUCUGUUUCAAUAUUAAUAAAUUCCUUGUUCAUAUAAUUUUAAAUUAAUUUACAUUUGUUAAGUAGAAUAUCUUCUAUAUUAAUACAUUAUUAAUGUAAUGUGUUGCCUCUUACGCUAGCGGAAACAAAAAAGUGUCUAGCAGACUCAGUUCAGUGCGCAUAUAACCAACUAACAAUGGAUUUUAAAAUGCAUGAGUAUACUCAUGCUAUAGUUGGUAAAGUUACACCAGUGUUGAGACUCACAGACAAGGCCAACUUAAACGAUGCUCGAAGGCAACAUGACUGCUACCUGAGACUACUGCGGGAGCUGAAUGUAGAAGUUAUAGAAGUUAACAUUGGGGGCAUAUUCCCUGAAAAUGUUUUCUUGGAAGAUGCUGCUGUCAUCUGCCACGGUAUAGCUCUGUUGCCGAAGGCUGCCACUACAGCGGAAGAGCUGAAAACGAAAGCAAUAAAGGAAAUCCUGCGGAAAGAUCUGGGUCAGACUGUAAUCGAAAUAAGUGACCCAGAUGCUAAGAUAUUGGGCUCCGAUGUAUUGUUUACUGGUCGUGAGUUUUUCGUUGGCAUUUGCGAAACGAGCAACGAGGCUGGAGCUAGCGCAGUUGCUGAGGCUUUUCCCGAAUUUCCAUGUACCCCUAUUAAGGUGUCAAAAGGAGCGCAGCAUUUAAAAAAGUAUAUAACCGUAGCGGGACCAGAUAUCUUAUGUGUAGGUGCUAGCAAGGAGGCGAAGGAAAUGUUAAAGAGAAUUGAACGAGAAGCUACGUUCUCAUACCAGACGCUGUCUGUUACAGAAGAUGAGGCUGCCAAUUGCCUUUAUGUUAAUGGGACAUUAAUACAUAGGGCUAUUGAAGAAAUUCCGGAAUCUUUUAAGGUGUUCUGUGAAAAGAUUGAUUUUGCUAGAAGAUCCAUUUGUUUCUCCGAGCUGGCCAACAUAUCCACUGGGCUCAGUGCUUGCAGCCUACUCAUCAGGAAAUCAUAAGUUAUCCCAACCACAUGUUUGGUUCGGACAGGCAAAGGUAAAGCCAAUGUGUUCAAGAAUGAAAACAAAUGCUUAUUAAAUUGUUAUGAUAAACGCAAGGGUAUAUAGCAAUGUAAAAUGUUAUCAGAUUUAGAUUGUAUUUGUAUUGUAAUCUGAAGUAGGUACAGAAAUCCAAAAUGGCGGAAAUUUCUCCGCCAUAUUGGAUUAUAUAUAUACUCGGCGAAAUGUGAAUUUCUGAUGUAUUGCAUGUUUAAAAUCUCUAAUUAUACAAUGUCUAUUUGCAUGCUGAUAAAUUUUAUUAUUGUUACUCUCGUUGGAACGGUAUAUAUGGAUGGUAAAGUAUGUAAAUGAAGCCUGAUCAGUACUGGUCCACAAACAUCACACUAUUUUAUAAAUGUUUUCCUCACAAUUCAAUAACUAGCAUUUAAAACAAAAAAUAUAGUAAACAUAUUGGAUAAUAAAUAUUAUUACAACAUAUUUUAUACACUAUAUUUGUCAAUAUUUCUGGUCAUUAAGUAUUAAAAAUAUAGUGUAUUUUUAACGAACAGUCAAGGACACAUUUAUUAAUGACAAACUCUGGUCAUGAAGCAUAAUAAUUAUUAAACAUUAAUUUUUAAUGACAAAUUUCGAUUGUCAUUCUUAUACAACGCAUAAAGCGGGUCAUAAAGCAUAAUGACAGAAUACAUAGCAUAAUAAACUGUCAACAUUUUUACAGUUGGACAAUUAUUUUUUGUAAUUUCACUAUAUUUUACAUAUUAUACAACCGUUACAUUUAUACAAGCAUUCUUUUAUCUAAUAGUAAUAUUCAAACAAACAGUGCAUAUCUA